AUGAGUAACGUAACAAAUGGGACCACGCCAUUCGCACCUUUUUUCAAGUUCAUCAAUGAUUUGAAUCGUAAUUAUACUACCAUCCCUUAUGAGGAAAAGAUGGAAAUGUCCGUGUUACAAAGAGUUAAGUUAUACAACUGGACCUUUGAAUUUUUUUUCAUUGGUGUUGUUGUAUUUAUCUUUGUCGUCUAUAAGAUUGGUACUUCAGUUAACGUAUCUCGUGCUGAUAAGUUGUUCGAUUCUAUCCAUGCCUUUUUAAGAGAUGAAUUGAAAUUUGCCCGUGUCGGUUUCACUGCACAAGCUGGUGAAAACAGACUGUAUAUGGACCAACAUAUGCAUACUUGGUUAACAAGUUUUUCUACUGGUCGUUCAUGUAUUGAAGGUGUUAAUGUUCAUUUACACCUUUUCCCACGUAACAAUCCAUUGUCCAUGUUUUUGGAAAAUGUAAUGGGUUGGUAUUUCCCAAUCCUUGCUUUGGAUACUGAUGCUGAAUUCUGUGAAAUUGAAAUUAAACCAAAUGGUGUUUAUGUAGGUAGUGAAAAUGCUAACGUUAACAGUAACAGUAAUGAAAUUUUAAACAAUUUUAAGUUUAUUUCCUCUAUUGUUAACAAGAGAGUUAUGAAUCAAUCUCGUCACGAUAACUACUACUUAGCUCUAACCCAUACUACUGAAGGCGAAGAUUUAUCAAAUGAAUAUGUUCAUAUGUCUGAAAUGAAUCAAUUGAAUGGUUUCAUCACUUCUUAUUGUAAGAAAGAUGUACUAAACAAUUUAUUGAAUCAAACUGUUGACCUUUUGGAAUUCAUCAGUUUUACUGAUUUACCAGCCGAUAAACCAGAGAAUGCUUCCGUUUGGAAUGCUAACAAAAAGAUACGUUGUGUAAUUCGUACUCGUGUACCAACUACCGAUAAGGAACUUGAAUUAUUGAACCAAUUGAUUGCUUUGGUGGUUGAAGUAUAUGAUAAUUUCACUCGUGUUCUAGUACAAAAGAAUGAAUCAUCUUUUGUUACUAAUGAUAUGUUAAAGAAGACUAACAACAUGCGUGCUACUGAAUUAGCUAAGAUUACUAAAAUUGCUAGAGAAGCAGCUUUGGAAAGAGAGAAGGAAGAAAAGAAAGAAGUCGAGAAGGAAAAGAGACGUAAUUUGAAGAAGACUGGUGAACAAGAGAAGAUUGACCAAAAAAUGAAGGAAAAGAGGGAAAGACGUCAAAGAAACAAACAAAAAGUUAGAAUGUAA